AUCCUGCCAGGCUGCCACUUAAUGAUUAUCUAUUAAUUUCAUCUUUCAUCAAAUAAGUUCAUGAUCGUGAACCUAUAAAUAAAAAAUGACCAAAACCAUUGAAAAGACAGACUCAAAAGCAAAAUAGUAUCCAAGUUCUCUAGAUCAUAAUUCCUCAAGUUGUUGUUCAUUUCUCAUUGUGAUCAUUAUGUUGUUAUUUCCAAGGUUUGAAGGUGGAAAAUGGCUAGGAUUUGUUACAGCCAUAUGGGUUCAAGCAAUAUGUGGAAACAAUUACACAUUUGCAAACUAUUCUGAUGUGUUGAAAAGCCUAAUGGCUCUGACCCAAAUGCAGCUGAACAAUCUCUCUGUUGCUAAAGAUGUUGGCAAGGCUUUUGGUGUGUUAUCUGGUCUUGCUUCUGAUCGUUGGCCAACUUCAGUUAUUCUCAUGAUUGGAGCCACCAUGGGAUUCAUUGGCUAUGGAGUUCAAUGGCUUGUUGUCAGCCACACAAUCACUCCACUCCCUUAUUGGCUGAUGUGUAUAUUCUUGUGUAUGGGAGGAAACAGCUCAACAUGGAUGAACACAGCAGUGCUUGUCACAUGCAUGAGAAAUUUCCCACAAAACCGUGGCCCAAUUUCUGGAAUUCUCAAGGGAUAUGUUGGACUCAGCACAGCAAUCUUCACAGACAUAUGCACAGCUUUGUUUUACUCAGACCCUUCAAAGUUUCUCCUAAUGCUCACCAUUGUUCCUGCUGUUAUUUGCCUCAUUGCUGCAAUCUUCCUCCAUGAAUCCCCACCAGCUUCAACCUCAGCAGAGGAAAACAGAGAAACCCAAUUCUUCAAUGCAUUCAAUAUAAUUGCAGUCACAGUAGCUGUCUACCUCUUAGUCUUUGACAUCUCAGGACCACACACCCAUGUUCUUUCUCUGGUUUUCACAGCAGGGUUACUCAUCCUGUUAGCCAUGCCACUUCUUGUACCUUUCUACUUUGUCUUCUUCAAAUCAAGCCAUGGUCUUGACAGAGAAAAACAGAGUGUUCACGAACCGUUGCUCGGCGAAGAAACCAAAAGCGUUGAAGAGAAGGAGGAGAACCAUGAAGUGAGUGAUGCAAUUGCAACCAAGGUGGAGGAGGUUGAGAUAAAGCGGAAACCGGUGAUAGGGGAGGAGCACACUAUCGUUGAAAUGGUGAAAACGGUUGAUUUCUGGGUUCUGUUUGUGUCGUUUCUCUGUGGAGUGGGAACAGGACUAUGUGUGAUGAAUAACAUGGGGCAGAUGGGACUAGCACUUGGUUACUCUGAUGUUUCUAUAUUCAUUUCAUUCAUCAGCAUUUGGGGUUUCUUUGGACGCAUCAUUUCUGGAUCCCUCUCAGAAUACUACAUCAGAAAAUCAGGCACGCCAAGGCUAGUUUGGAAUGCUGCUUCACAAAUUCUGAUGGCUGGGGGUUACAUUACAUUGGCCUUGGCCUUACCAGGAUCACUUUACAUUGGAUCAAUGUUAGUGGGAAUAUGCUAUGGAGUUCGUCUAACUAUAACACCAGCAGCAGCUUCAGAACUAUUUGGUCUCAAAUACUAUGGUUUAUUGUACAAUAUCCUAAUUCUCAACCUUCCUAUUGGUUCCUUCCUCUUUUCUGGUCUCAUCGCUGGUUAUCUUUAUGAUAUGGAAGCAACUAGUGUUCCUGAAGGGGGAAACACUUGCAUUGGAGCACAUUGUUUCAUGCUUGUGUAUGUGAUUAUGGCUUUUGCUUGUGUCCUUGGAUGUGGAUUGGACUUGCUGCUAGCAGCUAGAACAAAGAAGGUUUAUUCCAAGAUUCAUCUAGAGAGAAGUCAAGUCAAUUCCUAAGUUCAAUGUUGAAAAUCAUUAUGAAAUCAAAAUCAUGAUAGACAGAAACAAAUUUCUUCAGAUUUUGCUUGUGCCCGUCAUGAUUUUGAUUUCUCCGCAAUCUUCAACUGAGAUUUCAAACAUCCACGUAGACAGGCAGGCAAUUUUUUUGGUAGGGUUACGGUUUUCAACAUUUUCUUGUUAGAGAAUGAUUGUUAAUAUCUUUUCAUCAAAAUUUGAGUUUCUCUCUUCCCUUUUUACACGAAAGGGAAUAUGAAGAUGGUGUAAAAUUUUAAGGGUGUGAAUAAACAUUUUUUUUAUGUUAUAACAAAUAAAGUAAUUUUAUA